AGCAAACAAUCAACGAAAACGUAGACAUAUAGUAAAAAUAAUAACUACGUAGAAUAAAAUCCCAAGGACAGAAUCAUCCAUAUCGCACGCACUGUACGCGCCGAAAUACAUUUUAAAUUAAGCUCAGUGAGUUUUGUAUAUACGUUAAGUGUAAACGUAAGUGGAAGUGAAAUUUAUAUUUAUAUCUAAGAAUGGAAGGUAAAACUGUGAUAAUUACUGGAGGAAAUAGGGGUCUCGGAAAAGAAACAGCAAAGACGUUGGCGAAAAAAGGGGCAAAAAUUAUAUUGGCGUGUCGAAAUUUGCAAGCAGCAUGUGAAGCCAAAGAGGAAAUAAUUCGAGAAUCCAAAAAUACCAAUAUAUUUGUCAAGCAACUAAAUAUAUCAUCUCUGAAGUCAGUUCGAGCUUUUGCUGAAGAAAUAAAUUCCAGUGAGGAACGUCUGGACGUCCUUUUACACAAUGCAGCGAUCGUUCCAGAAAAAUUACAAUUCACUGAAGACGAACUGGAACUAGCGAUGGCAACUAAUCACUUGGGUCCCUUUCUGUUAACGCAUCUUUUGAUUGAAUUGUUGAAAAAAUCCGCCCCCAGCCGGAUUUUAGUCACAAGUUCGGUCACUUAUCACUUCAGUUCUCUGAACUCCAAAAACUUAAACCUGAAAACUGUACCGUUUCUUAAAAGUGUCAGAAGCAUUUAUUUUGAUUCGAAAUUCGCCAACAUUUGUUUUACUAAGGAAUUAGCACGCCGCUUACAAGGAACCGGUGUAACAGCUAAUUGUUUUCAUCCGGGACUUGUAGAUACGGAGAUUUGGACCAGAGCGCCUUCAUUCUUUUCAUGGCCUUUGGAGAUUUUUAAUAAAAUGUUUUUUGUGACAGUUGAGAAAGGAAGCGAAACUGGAGUAUUUCUUGCAAGUUCAGAAGACGUUGAAGGGGUUAGCGGGAAAUAUUUUGUGGACUAUAAACAAUGUCGUUUAUGGGGAAGCGUCAAUAACGAAGUGAAAUGGAAGGAAAUGUGGGAUGUUUCGAAAAAAUUGGUUCAAUUAUCUAUCUCAGAUUCGCACAUUUGAAUGUGCGAAUUUGUGGUUACGCAAUUACAUAAAUUGUUAUUCCUUUUUAUACACACUUAACACAUACGUCUACAACGGAUUAUGUAAGCUGCGUAAGAUUAUCACAAGGUAGAAGAGUGUUUAAAGUUAUAAUAAAUUAAUAAGUAUGUAAUUUUCUCACAUGACUUUUGUACUUAGUUUU